AUGUUGAUAGUAAUCCUCUUACUGAGACUAAUUCUAUCUCUGUCUACACGUACCUACUUCCAACCAGAUGAAUAUUUCCAGUCUCUAGAAGUCGCACACUGGAUGCGCUAUGGAUUUGGCUAUUUGACUUGGGAGUGGGAAAAUCGAAUCCGUUCUGUAGCCUACCCAGCCAUCUACGCUGUUGGAUAUACCUUAGGUGAUUGGGCGAAUAUCCCAGUCCAAGUCACUCCAAAGAUCCUCAACGCUUUAUUCGCGGCUAUACAGGAUAUCGCCUUGAUCGCCUUUAUGAGGAGAGAAUACGGCAAUGAGAAAGCCAUGUCUUAUACUCUGCUAGCCUUCACCAAUGUCUAUGACCUCUAUACCCGACAUAGAUCUUUAUCAAAUACCGCUGAAGCAGCUUUGACUAGUGUAGCUUUGUUUUAUUGGCCCUUUCGCAGGUCUAGCAGAGGGCAGCAAAUUCCAGUUAACCAAGUCGCUGGUGGUGAUAUCUUUAGCGGCGGCAAUACGCCCGACCAACGUACUCAUAUGGAUACCCCUAGCGGCUGA